AUGAAUGAUUGUUCCGAAAGUCGUUUGGUGUCGUUUUUAAUAGAGGGCGACGAUAUGAUAUCGUGUGAAGUAUGUCUGGAGCCGUUCCAAAUUCCAAACAAGCCACCUAAAGUCCUUCCUUGUGGCCACAAUUUCUGUGAUCAGUGUCUCUUUAGCCUCUGUUGCCAUCAGCAGAGCUUUUUUCUUUUAUACUAUCCCAAUAUACGAAAAAUGAACGUUUCAGAAAUCCUUGAAAAAGUGAGACAAGGACGGGAAAUGAACGUGACGGUAAUUCACGUACCCGACAAGCCAACAACAAUGCUUCCGCCGUCAACUUCAGCAAGUUCUUUUGAAUGGAGACGUCCUGAAACAACUAAACAGAAGUCGCAAUGGUCAUUCCCACCGAAGAUUCUUGGGAAAGUGGCGCUGCAACGCAAAGGGAACCACCGUCUGUUGUCGUCGUGUUUUUUUUUUCGCAGAACUUUUUAUUGUUUGGAGUGUUGUGUGAACAAGCACAAUGGCCACGCCCUCUUGUCAUUAUCGGAGCUUCAGACGGAGCAAUUAAAGGUUCUCGGAGAACUACGAGAAUUGCGACGGAAGGUUAUUCAAACAUUUCGGUUGCCCGCUACGACGUCUGGAGACGUGAAGGAAAGUUUCGUUGGAGAAGGCGAAUUGACUGACGGUCUGACCUCAGUCGAUAAUGCAAUUCAACGUGUUGAAUCGACAACCAUUAUUUGCCCUAAAAAACUAAUGCAUACGUUAAGGCGGCAAGGAUCAUCACUGACAUCCUCUACGAGUACGUUUUAUCGUGGCUCGGUGUUUCAAAACAAGAAUUUUCCAAUUUUUGCAAUUGUUUAUCUUUAUGGAAGGUUUCCGAUCAAUACUCAUCGAAUUGCUCGUUGUCAUUUCAGUGACAUUGCAUUAGAACAACUCUCAGUGUUCGCUGACGCUCUUCUACAAUGUUUCCAUCAAGCUAACAUUCUCUCGAGAAAAAGAGGACAGAUUUCAAAAACAGUUUCCAGAAAGACUAUUUGGAAAUGUGUCCAAAUGUCCUACACGGAGUUGCUACGAUUAGGAGCUAAGAAUUAUUUAUCGCACGAAGCAGAAAGAAUAGCCCUUCUUGAUGAUUUGGCCUAUCUCUGCUAUAUAUUUUCGGAUGUUUGCGAUCAGGCAACAGUCACCAUAUGCAUGAUUGAAGCUGCCAGAGCCAGAGUUGCAUCAGGAACACUGAGCGACCCGGAUCAACAGAAAACUGCCCAACGCCUUAAGGUAAUCGAUGAACAUCUACUAGAAUGCCGGCGUGUGCAAAAGCUGCAGGACUUGCGAACGACAAGAACCAAGAAGACCGUGAAACUGAAACAGCUCUGGAAGUUCUACUUUCGACGUUCGAAGUCACGUGUUUAG